CGGUUGGUGUCAAAUGGUAGUGAAAAACAAGUGUUCGCAUAAAAGUCGCAGAGAGUUACAAUCUAAUCGCGAGAAAAGGUAUCAAAUUAUCUUGUAACAGCAGUUUCUGAUCCCAGCCAAGUGCUGAAGAGUCUCAUGAGAACAAGAGCAAGUGCUGAAGUAGUGAAAAUUGUGAAUUGACUAGUCGUGACACGGAAUUUUGUGGCCCUGAAUUCAGGCACAGCAAUUUUGCCAUGUUUUGCAACUUUCUCACCAAGUUUUUCUGCAUUCUCCUCGCCCUUCACGUCUGCCAUGGGCUGGACAAAGUGGAAGUCACUGGCGAAGGAUGCAAGCUCACGGAGCCGAUCUACAACAGCACCUUCGACCUGUCCGGCCUGCAAUCCGACCUGAGCCAUCAGGUGCAGCUGGGCAGGAAGGACAGCAUUGAAUUCAAUCUGUGUGGCGCAAUGUCCAAGGCGUGCGACAAUUCCUCCGGCGUGGGCGCUUGUCUCACCGCCGGCGGCAAGGAAAAGAUCCUGGGCAGGGAGCAUACGCUGAAGCUGUCCAAUGGACGUUUCCACUUCGAGUUCAGCGGCGACAAAUGCUCAGACACGAAAAACUUCACCUUCUCCGUGAUCUUGCAGUGUGAUUUCACGUCCGUGAAGGACAUGAUCAGCGUGCAGAAGAGCACGGACAAAUGUAGCCACUCAGUGGUGUUGCGCACGAAGCUGGCCUGCAUUCCCACGGAGUCCAAAGUUCUGGACUCCUGCUCAGCCUCACUGAACGCCUUCACCACGUUCAAUCUCUACUCGCUGGCCGGCGUCAAUCACGUGGCAGACGAUCGCAACGGCGGCACGUUUCUCAUCAACAUCUGCCGGCCCGUGAUGUGGGAUCUGGACGCCAUGUGUCCGCCGGACACGGGCGUGUGCUUCGUCAAUCGCUCAGAGACGGAUCUCACGAAGAGAUUCGUCAGCAUGGGCGCCGUGGAGAAGCCCAGCGUUGAGGAAGGCGUGAUUUCGGUGAAGAUGACCGGCACUGAAGCCUGUCCGGAGGACGCGACCAGGAAGAUAAGCUCCGUGAUCACGUUCGAGUGCGAGAAGAGCUCACGCGUGGACGAGGUGGAGUUCAUCGGCUUCCGCGACUGCGAAUACAAAUUCGUGUGGUCAACGGCGGCGGUUUGCGAAACGCUCGAGCCCUGCACGGCCGUCGAUCCCAAGACGGGCUUCAAGUACGACUUGCGGCCGCUGUCCAAGAAGCCCUUCAACGUCACGCACGACAAUCACACGUACGCCUUUGGCAUUUGUGCGUCUCCGCGCGCGCCGUGCCUCGAAUCCUCCGGCGCCUGUGAGAUCUUCGCGGCGGAAACCCGCGGCCUCGGCCUCGUGAACGACAAACUCCUGGUGAAUCAGACCGGCGCACCGUAUCUGAAGUACGAAGGCGGCGGGCUGUGCCAGUCGACGAAACAGCCGUGGUACAGCGUGAUCGAGUUUGUGUGCGCCGAGCAGGGAAUGCAGCAGGGCCCGAAGGUCAUCGAGAACACGGAUUGCCGGCUGAUCAUUCAGUUCGUCACGGAUGCGAUCUGCCAGACGCGCCAAAUCUCCUGCCAGACCACCAACAACUCCUUCGACGCCGUCAUCGAUCUGGCGCCGCUCAUUCGCAACACGGACAACUACGUCGCCAACGUCAGCGCCGGCGUCAAGGGAGACGACGCCAAGCGCAAGUACUUCAUCAACGUUUGCCGUCCGCUUGUGCCGCAGUACGGACUGAGUUGUCCUGGAGGAUCGGCGAUUUGCCAGGCGACCAUCGAGAAUGGGAAGCCGGAGAGCGAGAAGAGUCUUGGCUAUCCGGACGUGUCGCUGACGAUGGUCGGCGCGAGGGCGCAGCUGAAGUACUUGCGCGGCAGUCCUUGUCCCGCCGAUAAGGACACCGAGCUGUCCUCCGUGAUUGACUUCUACUGCGAUGCGAAGAGCGGCCGCGGAAAUCCCGUGCUGAAGAGUGUCACGCACGAUUGUCUGUAUGAAUUCGAGUGGGCGACGAAUGUCGUCUGUCCGGCGUUCAAAUGUGAAUUCUCCAAGAAACACUGCUCAAUUCACAACGAACAGACGGACAGUGACUUCGACUUGAGCGAUUUGGUGAAGUCCAAUGCGAAGCUGGACAAGCUGAAGUUCUGUGAGCUGGACAAGUACGAAGUGAUGGCUGAUUAUGCUCAAGGCAGCGUGAAGGUGUUUACGAGCGCCAAAGAGAAGAGUGAUAAUUCCGAGAAAACCGUGAAUAUUGAGCUGAGACUGAAUUGCAAUGGAGACGAGAAGAAUUCUUCAUCCAAAGAUAACACUCUUGGUCGUCUUCUGGUGACGUACGAAACACCAUCGAUUUGCUCAAUGCUGGGCCUCGAUCCGCCGCCGGCCUCGCCAUCUGUCACGACGCCGGAUGAGGACAAGGACAAGGACAAGAAGGACGGUGACAAGAAGGAGGCGGAAGGUGGAGUGUCGGCGGUGGGAACGGUGUUCAUCGUGUUGGCAAUUCUCGGCAGCAUCGGCGGCAUCGGCUUCGCUCUGAAGGAUCCCGAGAGGCGUGCAAAGGUUCUCUCGCUCAUUCGGCGCAAAGACACCAACGUCACGUAUUCACGGGACUUUUAUGAGCCUCACUACAGCAUAUGAUUUUUCUUGGCACCUUUUUUGGAUGUGUUACAUUGAUAAAAAAUUUGUUUAUGUUUGAUUCCAAAAUCUCGAAAUUUUCUUGUGGCUUUAAUUUUGCUUAUUUAUGUUAUUAUGUAGUCUUGUAGGAUUUUGUGGCUAAAAUUCCAUGUGGGAAUUUUAGUUGAGACUUUCUCUAAAGUCAUUGUCGUAAAUUGCAGGUUUCCAAUGAAGAAGCCAGCCUUUUGAUGAAUCCAGCCACACUAACUGAAAGUGAUGAUGAACUUCUAAUCUAAUCGCCUUUUAUCAAGUCAUUUUUAAGCUACACCUUUUUGCAGUAUAUAAUUAAAGAAAUUUGCGUUCCUUUGAAUUGUUUUUGCCAAAUAUAAGAUGAGAAAUUGAUGCACUUAAGAGAAGCUGUUUGAAGUGUUAUUCAAUGUUUUUUAAAGAUGUGAACUUAAUUAUUAAUAGCAAACACUGUAAUAUCCUUGGUUUUUGUCCUGAUAAAGAAAAGGACAUUUGUGAUGUUUAGAGAUGCUAAAUAUUAUUUUUGUUUCACUGCAAAAAUUAUGCAUUGAUAGAUUAAACUUAAAUUACCAAAAUGAAAUGUGUUGAAUGUGCGGAAUGAGAUAUUUAAGGAGGGUGAUUUUUUGUCGGAAGGAUAUUUUUUAUAUUAGCUAGGCAAAUAAAGACAUGAGUGAAAAGAA